AGAUUCGUGCUCAAAUUUUAUAUUCAUGGCUGCUCAUGGAUGAAAUAAGAUAAUAGAUUACGACAUAUUGAUAUCUACCUGAGUUAAGUAACGGAUCUGCGGGCUAGUCUGCUCAAAAAGGCAGUUGACCGCACCACCCUCAUUCCCGCCAUCUCUUGGAACGUUGCAAUCAAACACGGCAACAUCCUGGGCACCGGUGUACGGUGCGAGAUGCGCAGCGCGGGGUAUGAUUGAUCAAUUGAUAAAGAUGUCUGAUAAAUUACCUAGGUACUUGCGCGUUGCAAGGUCCACGGCUUAGUAUAAGGUUGGUCUGAGGGCAGAUAGGUAGGAUAAUUACCAGGUCUGUCAAUAACUGAUAGAGAAGCGGGAUGAAGUCCUCUUUCUUUUUCCGCGGCCUCUUCACCGCGCUAUCAAUCGUGUUCGCAUCGGCGCAAGACGACCCAGACACGGGGGAGCACCCGGAUUGGCCGCGCUGGUGCGGCAAGGUCUACCAGGCUGGAUACCCAUCGUUUGAGCCCGGCGGUCACACAGUCGCGCCGCCGACAAACGACUCGACAUUUCUGCACGUGCAAUUCAAGCCGCGGUACAGUCUGUACCUCUCCACUGAGAGCAAGGCGUCGUUUGUAGUGAACGCCGCGCUAUCGCCUUGGCAUGGAGAGGAAUACGUGAAUUCGACGAGCGAUGGCAGGAGCAGCGCGGAGCCGUUCACCGAGCUCGUGUUCUCGAUCAAUCUUGUCGACGACGACACCCCGCUCGUGCAGAAUCGGAUCGCGAUCAACACGACGGGUGCUGAGUUUGAGUUCGAGCUGGCUGGACUCGAGCCUAAACUAACAUCUUAUGAAGUGGUAUUAUUUGGUGCCUCGGUGUAUGGUGAUCACAAUUACACCGCUACGAGCGAAUUGCUCUAUCUCCCUGAUAACCCCGAGGGCAGCGCGACGAAGAUCGACAAUGUGAAAGGCGGGUUACUCUUCAAGAACGCGCAGACGGGGCACGAGUUCGUCCCGUUGCUGCCAUAUGGGUACUACGGACUAUAUAACGGGUCAAACGACACGGCAGCCAGCGACGAGUUCGUGCGCGAUUACACGAGCGGCGGGACAGGGUUGAAUGCCAUCGUCUCGCUGGCCGGGUUCGCGGACACGAAUCCCGUCUACGACAGCAUGGACCAGCAGGGUCUCCAUUUCAUGUUCGACUUGCGCGGGUCCUACAAGAAUCUCACGGAGACAGAGCAGCGCGUGAACACGAUCAAGCACCACACCUCGCUUUUCGCGUACUGGACAGCGGACGAACCCGACGGCUGGCAAGUCCCCUUCGACAAAACCCCCGCAGCCCAAUCCCUCAUCCACGCCCUCGACCCGUACCACCCAGUAGCCAUAACCCUGAACUGCCAAGACUACUACUUCGGCGCGUACGCCUCAGGCGGCGACAUCCUAAUGGAAGACGUGUACCCGAUCGGGAUCAACAGCACCUUUUCCAAAUGGGGCACGGCAUGCAACGCGACGCUCGGGGACUGCGGGUGCGAUAACUGCGCGGGCGUCGUGCAAGACGUGUCUUCGCGCCUCGACGACCUCGCGACGUACGAGGCCCGCCUCGGCCGCUGGCCGCUGCCGAAAUUCCAUAACCCCCAGGUCUUCCACGGCGAGGACUACUGGUUCCGCGACCCCACGGCCGCCGAAGCGAGGGCCAUGAACGCGCUUGCGUUUAAUCGGGGUGCGACGGGUAUUUUUGGAUGGACGUGGCCGGGCAGUAGGGCGCUUUUCGAGGUCCAUUCGCGGAUGGCGGGCGUGGUUACUCGUGCGCCGGUGGUGGAUUUCUUGCUUGGUGGGAAGCCUGGGCCGUUGGCUGUCGAGGGGUUUGAGAUUGUGGACGCGGCGUGUUGGAUUCGGGGCGAUAGGAUGAUGGUGUCUGUGGUACAUGGGGGGUACGAUGAUAUUCAGGAUUCCGUGUCUGUGCCGCUCCCUGUUUCUGCGACGGGCGUCGAGUCGGUGGUGUUCGGGGGACUCGCGUGGCAGCUGUUAGGUGGUCAGCUCGUCAUCGAUGAACUGCCUGCGAUGUCGACGAGUUUCAUCAUCUUGAAUAUUGAAGUCGCGACGUAGUGUUUUACAACUAGU